CGCGACCAAGGCGCAGCUACGACACAGUUGACCGUCAUGAGGGAGGACGCCUUGGUUAGACUUCCCUGAUCGCCCAUUUAUAACUACACGCACUGCAACAGUCCCUUUUUCCUUGGCGCCCGUUCGUCCUAAACCUUGCUCCGCUUUCCUGGGUGCAUCAACAAGAUUUGUCUCCAUCAUGGCUUCUUUACUUCGACAGAUCGUUGCGGGACCUCGAGCACGGCACGCCGAGUCGGACCUGGACCUUUGCUAUGUCACCAACAGUAUCAUUGCAACGUCGGGUCCAUCUGGCACAUAUCCCCAAAGAGCUUACCGAAACCCGCUCGAUCGGCUCGUAACCUUCCUCGACUCGAAGCACAAGGACCAGUGGGCGAUAUGGGAGUUCCGCGCAGAGGGCACAGGGUACCCGGACGAAGAGGUCUACGGCCGUGUGCGACAUUACCCGUGGCCUGAUCACCACCCGCCCCCGUUCCGCCUGAUUCCCAUGAUCAUGGCCAGCAUGCGGAACUGGCUUCAGGGAGGCGAUCUCGAGCCGGGCAUUGUUGCCGUCAGUGCUGCUGGCAAGACUGCCGAGGGUGACGACAAGAGAGUUGUGGUCGUUCACUGCAAGGCUGGCAAGGGUAGGAGUGGAACGGUGUCGUGCAGCUACCUCAUCUCCGAGUGCGGCUGGAAGCCGGAAGAAGCUCUUACGAGGUUCACGGAGAGGAGGAUGCGACCCAAGUUUGGAGCGGGUAUCUCAAUUCCCAGCCAGCUUCGAACGAUUACAUAUGUCGACCGGUGGACUCGAGGAGGGAAGAAGUACGUUGAUCGGGCUAUUGAGAUCAUGGAGAUCCAUGUCUGGGGUCUGCGAAGUGGUGUCAAGUUCGAUGUCGAAGGUUUCGCAGAGGAGGGGAAGAAAAUCAAGGUCUUUCACACAUUCAAGAAGAGCGAGAGGAUUGUCGUUCAGGGCGACACACCGAGCGGAGGCGGAGUCGGUUCUAUGGUAUCCGAUCUCGCCAGCGUCAGUGUCAAACCUACGGAAAAGGCCCCCGCCGCGGCGCCUUUGUCAGAACCAACCAACACGAACAAUUCAAAGAAAAGCAGCUCAGACAAGGAGACUUCCGGACCUGAGCAGGAUGAUGCUACGCCUUCGCGUAGCGAGUCAAAGAAGCUGCGCAAUGCAAAGACGACUUCCUUGAUCCACACACCCGAGCCGAGCGCGGCUCAGAAGAGAAGCGAUACAGAUGCUCCGCUAGCAGGACAGUCGAGAACACCACCCCAAGGGAAGUCAAACGGUGGCGAAGACGGUGAGCCCGGCGGUAUGGCCGUUAUCCUCAAGCCAACGGAGCCUAUCCACAUUCCCAAUAGCGAUGUCAAUAUCUCUGUGGAGCGUCGUAACCGUACUUCAUCCUCCAUGGGCCUGACGAUGGUGACCGCCGUCGCUCACGUUUGGUUCAACGUCUUCUUCGAGGGCAACGGCCCGGAGCAAGACGGCAAGGCUGACGCUAGCGGUGUCUUUGAGAUUAGCUGGGAUGCCAUGGACGGCAUUAAGGGCUCUAGCCGCAAAGGAUCUCGCGCGUUUGAUAAGAUUGCCGUGGUUUGGCGUGUGGCGGACUCACAGCGAGCCGAAGAUGGCGGCGACGAGGUCAUUUCUCCAACGGACGGGGAGAUCAUCAACGAGCCAUCUUCCGGGUCCCCUGUUCCGCAGAUGCAGGCUGCCGACUGGAAGGGUCACAACAAAGAGGACCCUGUCGCGGAGAAGCAUCUCGGACUGAGGAACGAAAGCCCCGAGAGUGCGGACGUGAGCCGAGCGAGCAGCGUCAAGGAUGAUGCGGGCGUUCUGAACGGUGGCAAGGAUGGUAAUGAUACGGAUUCGAUGGAGGGCGUGAAGACCAGUGGUCCGUUUGGGGAGGAGCAGCUUGAUGCUGAGGAUGUUGAUGUGAAGAAGGUUGAGAAGGAGGCUGUGGAGGGGAGCUUGAACAGGCAGGCGGAGCCUGGGCCUGAGUUGCUGGAUGCUCCUGACACAGCGAGCGGGACGACGGCGAUUGGGAGCACGGAAGUGAAGAAGUGAGCCACGCCGCGUGAGUCCUGGCUACGGCGCUUGUGUAGAGCGUUGUUGUUUCAUGUAUGUGUAGGGUUGUUGAUACCAUGAUGAGGGGAAGGAUGGCUAUAGACGAUUAAUUCCAUUCACGACCUUCCUUACCAACGGCGUUCUUGCCACACCAGAAAGUCGAGUGCUUACCAAGGCCCAAAGCUGAAG